AUGUCUGACGCCGAACAGACCCAAGUCAAGUUGACCACCGCUGGCUUCGACGCUCGUUUCCCCAACACCAACCAAACCAAGCACUGCUGGCAAAACUAUGUCGACUACUACAAGUGCGUCAACGCUCGUGGUGAAGACUUUGAACCCUGCAAGCAAUUCUACAGAGCUUUCCACAGCUUGUGCCCCAACGAAUGGAUCUCCAAGUGGGACAAUGAGCGUGAAGAGGGCACCAACCCUUCCAACUUCUCCGUUUAG